AUGCCUUCUUACCAAGCGAGUGUGUUCCAGUCGAGCCAGCUCGAGCAUGGCCGACGAUUCCAUUUCAAGGACCCCCACAACAGCCAACCAGGUUGGGUCUGGGGUACUGUGGCUUUCCCAGAAACCAUGAGUGUUGCAACAGAUGAGAAGGAGAUUAUAUUCUAUAUAUGUGAGGCCGUCAUAGCGGGCCUGGUCGGUUGGGGAGAUAGAGCGAUGCACGGAUUGGGAGAUCAUUGUCUCUCAUUCCCAAUCAAGGUGGAAACACCCGAGCAAAACUUAGAGAGGUUGAUGGACCAGGUUGUAGACGCUGCAAUGUGGUGGGUGCGUCUCAUCCGCGCGGAGACUGUUUCUAUUGACAAGCACAUGCUUUUCCAGGCUCGUCAGCCACCCCCGGAUCGGGAGGAUCAGUUGUUGGAUGUGUCUUUGCAUUGGAAAAGGCCUAAAUACACGGUUCCAAAUCCGUGGUCUGCCGUUACUGUGCUACGGUAG